AUGGCGGCGAAAUCCGAUGGCGGUGGCGUGGGGGUGGGCUUCGCCCAGCUGCACAACCUGGACGAGGCGGUGGGCAGCGGCGAGGAGGACGGGGAGCCCGGGGGAGGCGGCUGCGGCGGCGGCGACGGCAGCGAGCCCGGCGAGAGCAGCUCGCUGCACAUCUGCCACUGCUGCAACACCUCCUCGUGCUACUGGGGCUGCCGCUCCGCCUGCCUGCGCUCGCUGCUGGGCAAGAAGCCGCGCCGCAGCGCCGCCGCCGCCGACGGGGGGGACCAGCCGCUGCAGCCGCCCGGGGCCGCCGGCCGCCACCCCCCGACGCCCUCGGCCGGCCGACCGCAGCCCGCGUCGCCGCAGGUGGAGCGGCCGUGGCUUGACUGCCUGUGGAUCGUGCUCGCGCUGCUGGUGUUCUUCGGGGACGUGGGUACCGACCUGUGGCUGGCCCUCGACUACUACCGCAAGGGGGACUACGGCUGCUUCGGGCUGACCCUGUUCUUCGUGCUGGUGCCGUCGCUGCUGGUGCAGAGCCUGAGCUUCCGCUGGUUCGUGCAGGACUACACGGGCGGCGGGCUAGGCGCCGUGGAGGGGCUCAGCAGCCGGGGACCCCCGAUGAUGGGGGCCGGCUACGGCCACGGCGCGGCCCGCGGCGGCCCGGGUGCGGGGGGCUCGGCCACCCCGGGGGCGCAGCGUCUGUGCCGCCUCUCCGUGUGGAUCUGGCAGUCGGUCAUCCACCUGCUGCAGAUGGGGCAGGUGUGGAGCUCUAAGCAAAAGACAUGAGGCCUCAGCUGAAUUGAGGUGGCUUUGAGGUCAUCCGAUUUCUAGACGUGUGCGGUCACCUGGUCCUGAAAGCCCUCCACACAGAAUGAAGAAAGCAAGCAAAGCAAAGCAAGCACACUUGCCUACACUGCGGCCCUUUUUGAGGUUAGAAGGACUUUAAUGUCACGUGCUGGACUGUAGUACACUGGAGAACAGUCAGCUAAAAAGCAGCUUCUAAAGGUUUGCAAUUUUUUUUGGUGAUGGCAUGUUCAGAAUCUUGGAUCCCUAAAUUGAAUGUUGGAAAUAUGUAGGAGCCUUGGAAAUUAUGUUGUUUUCAUAUAUUAAUGUCUUGGUAGGUGAAUUAGUAGACUAAUAAAUUUAUGUAAAGGAACUCCACACUUGUAAGGUGACAGGCUUGUCUCAGGACUGUCCCCUGUCUGGGUGCUGUGCUCUGGAGACAGCUCUGCCGUGCAGCUUCUCUGUGGCCCUCUCACUGUCCUGGGCAGGCUGUGGGAUUCCUCCCAUGCUGCUUUGGUUAGCUGGUUUGCUUUCCUGCAUCUAUUGCAGUGUGAGCUCCUUAGAUCAUAGGGAUCAUUGAUCAGGAGUUUUGAAGAGAAGAAAAAGCAUCAAAUGACAAUCUUAAAUGCAGUGACUACAGAAUUCCUACCUGGAAAUUGUCUCACAAGGUCUGUAUUAGAAUAUGUAAUUUUUUAAAAACUAAUAUAUGUGUAGCGAAAUGCCGCCAGUUUUUAAAAUCAGGCAUUAUUGUAGAUCAGAGGUGUUCGUGUCAAGGGAAUAAGGAUAGCUGUUUUCUUCUUCUUCCUGUCUCCUCCUUGUCAGUUGAAGAGUUAGUGGGAAGGGGCUAGCGGUCUGUGUGAAGAGGAGAGGAAAAGGCUUGAAUUGCCUGAAAGGAUUAAUUUCCGUAAAACAAAACAAAACAAAAAAACCAAACAGCCGUAAGUGGGUUCCCUUCCCUGUGUGGGUGGGAGAGUGUUCAUCCAAGGACAGAUGGAUGGUGGUGUUGGGUGCAGAUUAGAGUCGCUGUAGUUAUCCUUGGUGAUUCCUUGUCCUUCGUCCACCUCCUGCACCUGCUGGAAUUCAGAGACUCGAGGAAGCUCAGUUACUUCAUCAGUGUGAAAACUGUCCUAACUGAUUGCAGGGAGCACAGUUAGAGAGAACAGCCUGGAAGGGGGAGGGAGCUCAGGAGAGCUUCUGGUGAGUUGGCCAUUGUUCCUGGAGACCUUCCUCACCUGCAGUCACUGUUAUCCUCAGAUUUCCGUGAGGAGGUUUUCAGAGACUGAAGGGCUGUACCCUUGUCAGUGGCCCCCUUCUAAUUAAAAUGUAAUGACAUCAUUUCCCUCCAUGCCUUUCUUCCCUCCAACGUUCCCCUCACUUUUCAGUGGCAAGAAUUAGAUGAUUGUAUUUAAUGGAAAACACUAUGUAGAUUUUUUUAAAUUGUUACAUACCAUGUUACAUACAUAGCAUGUGUUGCCUAUUUAGCUGCUUUCUGAUUACAACUGGCUUUAAAACACUCUUCUAAGGUACUUCUGUCAAUAGAGGUUUUCUUUUAGCCAGUUCUAGCCACAGUAUUGAUUGGGCCUGUGUAUCUGAUAUACCCAAAAUGAAUUAGCCAGCCAGAAAAAACUUUGUCCCCACCAGAAUAAAUAUUUUAAAGACCUUCUUAGAUUCUGAAAACCAUGAGUACAAAUGAAAGAGACUCAAGAAAGAGAAAUCCUUAGAAGCCUGACAGCACAAAGUGCUGGUGGGCUGCAGACUGACCUUCACAGAGCUGAUCUAAAGGAACAGUGCCUUCUGGAGGGGAGGAGAAUGCUGGAAUGCCCUGAACACAAGGCAUUUCAUGUUUUCAUAGCUGGUUUUCACAAGCCUGUCAUAGACUUUAAGAAUACUGAGGCCAGUGUUUGGAACUAUUGAUGUAUUCCCUAAUGGUGAGUUUGAGUUAUUAUGGCAUGUUCUAAGUGUGUUUGCAGCUCCAUGAUAAACUUAACUUCAAAUAAAUGUCUUAAAUACCAGAGAAAAUACAUUAUCAAUAAAAUUCUUUUGUUCCUGCUGUAUAACUUUACAAAAUUUUGUAGACUAUUAUGCAUAGUGGAGAACUGAAGGCCUGAGUGGGGUCACACUGGCCACCUCCUAGAAGCUUCUGGGUCAAACUUUUUGUAGGACUGAGCAGAGAGCAUUGUAGCAUCUCUCAUGGGCAGUGCGUCCCUGGGCCACCGUGCUUCACAGCCUUGGUACAUCACACUCCACAGAGAAUAGAUGAGUGUGAUCCUCAUGUCACUAACAGCGAUCUCGGAAGUGGAGCAGUAGCCUGACACUCUGGGAAAAUGGUAGAGAAACUCCAUGUGGAAGCCAGCUGAACGCUGGGGCUCCUUCGCCAGCCUCACACGGGCGAGCACAUUGGCAUGCAAGGAUGGAAGCCCAGUCUUUGGGGUCCUCAUCACUUGCUCUGACUUUGAUCAGCUCCCUUCGUGAUUGGGACCUCCAACUUGAAGGCUGCCCACUGCCUCUUCAUGUAAGUCUGCAGCCACAAGCUGGAAGCCUCUUAGAGAAAGGGGACAGGCUCUGCAAAAUCCAUUCUGCAGGACAAGUGGCAGAAGCAGAGCGUGAGGCACGCUGCAUGGUGUGCCUUUCACUGAUGACUUCAUUCCAUAGUGAGUUGAAUAGUAGUGCCUUGUAAGCACGGACAGAGCAGUAAUCCCCCUUGAAGUCUGCAGAGGUUUUCUUAAGUGUGACCUUUCUUAUGUCAGCAUAUUAAAUUAUUCUUAAAUUAUGUAAUAGUGACUAGAAUUUGGGAUUCUGAUGUGACUUGUAAAUUUGAAGUGCAUUUUCAGGAAAAUUGUCAAGAUUCCCAGGUGACUCCUUUUCAUUCCUUGCAGCCGUUCUGGUAUGUGAUCCUUCUUGAGUUUGUCAGUUGGGAGGAGACGCCCUUUGCCUUCUGUUCUGACUCGGUGGCUGCCUCUGGCUUGCACUACUCAAAAUCUCAUUUGUUAGAGGUCCAUUUGGACAGCUCUUGUGGUUUCACAUCCACAAGAAAAGAGGGUCCCUGCAUGCCUCAAGUACAUGGCUUCCUGUGGACCAUAAACACAUCAAGUACAAGGGGUUCCAGGAUCUGCUGGACUUCUGCUACACUGCCGUGCUCAUCCUUCCUGGGUAACUCCAUCAUGGUUCCUUCCAGCUCUUCAGAGUGGUCCCGCUUGGCUCCUGAGUCCACACAGAAGUAUCAGCAUGUAGUUCACCCCUCUCCUUUACCCUCGUUAGGUUGCGUUCUGCUGAGAGCAGGAGCUUCGCGUCGCCUUGAUGAGGGACUCAUUCCUGAUGUAUUUCCAUCCUCCUUCCUGAAGAGAAGCAGCGCUUUAGACAUAGGGGCCUUGGCUGUCUGAGGAUUGUCUCUAGAAAGUUCACAGCACUGUGUCUAAAUGUGGCCUCUCAGUGUGCUGGUCACUGCCAUUGUGGUUUCCAAGGAAAUCUUUCUCAACUGCCAUGCACUGAGCCUCAGAAGCCCAGUGUGCCUCAGGCGUGAGAAGACCCAGAGUUGACUUACGAGUAUGGAAGCUUGCUAGGACCUGAACAGAGCCAGAGACACUCCUGUAGAGAAAGUGUCUAUGUCAGCAAGAUUUGUCCAGAACCGUUGACCAACUUUUUAAGCCCACAUGAGUCCGCAUUGAACCUAUGCAGACUAUCCAGUGUAUAAGCCAUCAUUUAAUCUUUUGAAAAAUGGAUUAUACUGACCUAAGUUUUUUACAUAUAAAUUUCAGAAGCAAUACAGAUGUGUUUUGUGGAAAGGCUAUAUAUACUGCUUGUAAUAAAUUUCUGACUCUUGCUUAAUAAAAAUUAAAAGACCCAAUUAUGGAAAACCCAA